GGACUGUAACAAAACAACCUCGCAGACAUCGCGUGCUCAACUUUCAGGAAGCUGAAGUGUGCAGCCAGAUAGGUUGCUUGUAACAGCUAUGGCAAACAAUAUCCUCUCGUUGCCCUUUCGCAAGACCAGUUCGGUCUCCCUCUCAACAGCUAUCAAGCAAUACAUCUCCAGCAAAUAUGACCAACACCCAGAUAUGUUCAAGCAAGACCUCGAGGUUAUAGAUGCCCUGCGAAGAGAUGCUGUACAUGUGACAGAACCGCAUACAAGUGGUAUCAAGAAGAUCUCUGCGUAUGCAGGCCAACUUGCUUGGAUAGGUGGGAAAUUUCCAAUAGAUAUUGGCGUUGAUUUCACCUGGUAUCCGGCGCUGGGAUAUAAUACUGAUCGACCCAUCUCCCAGAACAAUCUCAAAUUUGAACUGGCCAAUGUUCUCUACAAUCUUGCGGCACUUUACUCUCAACUAGCUAUGUCCUCGAACCGCGGAACUACAGAUGGAUUGAAGGCGGCUUGUAACUACUUCUGCCUGGCUGCAGGAGUCCUUUCGCAUAUCAAGCACUCUGUUAUUCCCGAACUACGAUCCACACCGCCGGAAGAUAUGGACGAUUCCACGUUGGAGUCCUUACAACAGCUUCUUCUAGCACAAGGGCAGGAAUGUUUCUGGCAGAAAGCUGUCAUGGACGGAUACAAGGAUGCUUCAAUCGCGAAAUUAGCUGCUAAAGUGUCAGACUUCUAUGGUGCUGCGGGAGAUUGGGGAGUGAAGAGUGAGGCGAUAAGCUCCGAGUGGAUACAUCAUACUACCGCGAAACAUCAUCAUUUUGCUGCGGCAGCACAAUAUCGUCAGGCAUGCGAUUGUUUAGAGAAGAGAAAGUAUGGUGAAGAAGUCGCGAGGUUGAGGGAUAGUAUAUCUUGUGUUAAUGAGGCGUUGAAGGAGGCCAAAUACUUGAACAAGAUUGUGCUUGGAGAUUUGAACGGGUUGAAGAACAAAGUCACCGAGGAUCUCAAACGGGCGGAAAAGGACAACGAUUUGAUCUAUCUCAAUCCUGUACCGCCCAAAUCAGAACUGAGAACUCUUGAACGAGCAAAUAUGGCAGUUGCUAAAGUCCCAAAAGAGAUUUCAGAGCCAGCCUCGUUUAUUGGUGACAAAGGAGAAUUCGGUCCUCCACUAUUCGCUAAGCUUGUACCAUUCGCUGUCCACGUUGCUGCCAGCAUUUAUGACGAAAGAAGAGAUAGACUGGUCAAUACUAACGUCAUCGAGGAGUUAGAGAUUCUCACUACAAGAAUCCACGAUACCCUGAGCUCAUUAAACCUGCCUGGCUCCCUUCAAGCACUGGAGAAGCCUCUAGGCUUACCUCCAACUCUCACAUCUCAUGCAGAAGAGAUCCGACAGGCAGAUGCUCUAAACCGACUGCAAAGGUCUUUUUCGGAUACAGCAAAACUGAAAGCCUCAGAUGACGCAAUCUUCGCAGAAGGUCGAGAACUUCUAUUGGCAGAACAAUCAGAAAAUGAGAGACUCCUCAUGAAGUACGGAUCCGACAGGUGGACACGUCUUGAUUCCAAGUCCGCUGCGACAAAACUCUUUUCCCAAAUCGGAGAAAUCGACGGCUACCUCAAAAGUGCCAAUAAUAGUGAUCAGCUCGUCAUUAGCAAAUUCCGUGAAUGCGAAGAUAUGCUCCGCAUUCUCUCCAGCUCCGAUCGGGAUAUUGGGAAUUUCGUUCCCAGUAGUCGCCGGGCUACAAUACCUCCCAAAAUCGAAGGCGAAGUUUCUCGCUUGCGCAAUUGCCUCAACGAGCUCUCUCGUCUCGAAGCCCGGAGGAGGAGGAAAAUAGAAGCGCUUCGAGAGAAGGCUAAGAAGGAUGAUAUCAACAGCAGUAUACUCGCUGAAGCAGCACGCAUCGAGCGCGAGUAUCCAAGCCAGAUUGUCGUUCCUGCCCACUUCGAGGAUUUCUUCGAACAGCGCCUCACAAAAUAUGAUGUUGACAUUGAAGGAUUGAAGACCGAGUCUGACGAGCAGGAUCGUCUUACUAGCCAGCUCGAAGAAGCCAAUCAAGCUUUCGUGCUUGCUAGGAAAGGUGAUACAAGUUCGAGGGAGCGAGAACAAGCGUUACAGAAGCUGGAGAAUGCGUACUUUAAGUAUAAGGAGAUCGUGAGUAACUUGGAGGUAGGCAGGAAGUUCUACAAUGACCUCGCCAAAAUUGUGGGAAGGUUCAGAGAUGGUGUGAAGGCGUUUGUGUACGAGAGGAGGGAAGAAGCUAUGAGAAUGGAAUCCGACCUUUCGCUGCCGCCCCUCUCGUCACUUACCCUCCGCCAACAACAAGAAGCCAACCCUCCUAUUCCACGGACCUAUAACGCCCCAUCACACUCACAGCCCCCACCUCGGCCACCAAAUAACAACGAAGAUGCUCAUAUCCCCGCCCCUGUCCCGCAACGUGCAAGACAGAGUCCACCUGUUGUCCCUGCAACCUGGAAUCCUGAAAUGGGUAUCAAGUUCGGUGGUGGUGCUCCGGCGCCAGGUGGUAUGCCUGGACUUGGGGGACAGGAUGGGAAUAAGAUUCCCCAGCCAGGGACAUGGGAUCCGAAUCGUGGAUUCAAGUUUGGUUAGAUGAAAGGUUGGAGCGUCGUGUUUCUCGGAUGAAUGACUGUUAGGUGUUCAAUUCACAGUGAGGGAUCUCUUUGCUUGGCUACAGCGACGAUGUUUACAGAUGCAUAGCGAGGUAUGGUAGGUCAUGGAGUUGGCCAUAAAUGAACGAAGAGCAUCCAAGUGUCAAGACUUUCUAGCAGAUGCCGCACCUUGAAUUGGUGCAAGACUUGGAUAUGUUGGGCUCCUUCAAAGUAGGCGGCUGUAUCGCUUCUUAUUCUUAUUCUUCUUUCUUCAUUACUUCUCUCUCCAUAUCUUCUCUCCACACUGGAGGACCCCAGCUUGCCGAGCUAUCAGCUUUCUUCUAUACAGAGUUGGCAUUUUUUCCUUUCUCCAGAUAGAUCACCCGAACUUCUGCAUCCCAGCUACACUUUCACACAUCUGUUUUGUUUUGAUCUGUCGGUAACUGUAAGCGAGAUCUUAUCUUAUCGCAGCCCCUGGAGGUAAGCCGCAGGAUCGCUUGGCUUCGGACUUGGGGAGCGGGACGAAACAAGCCACAAAUAUAUUCACUCGUCCCCUGAUGCACUCUACCUUCGUACUCUCCUCGGAUCCCUCGCAUAUAGCAUGUCAUCUACCUUGCCAGCUCGCGGCUCUUCCCAGAAUACCGUGGGAACUGUCGCCGCUGGCAACUAUGAGAUACCCAAUUGGCUUUUCUGGGUCGCGUUAGCAGCUGGGAUCUGGUGCUCUUUCAUUAUUUUUGUUCAGGCCAUAGGAUCGACCCAGCUAUACCGCUAUUACUCCUCCAAACCCAAACGAGCCGUCUCUCCAACCCUAAAACUCGAUCAUGUUCCACAUAUCACGAUCCUCCGGCCUGUCAAAGGCCUCGAAGCCCAACUCUACGAAUGUCUCGCGGCAACUUUCUACCAGACAUACCCUCUACAGAAGUUGACCAUCUACUUCUGUAUAGGCUCCUCUACCGAUCCCGCGUUUCCCG